CCAGAAGCCAUUUUGGUUCAAUGCCCUUCUUGGCAAGGGGUAGUGCAUACUGAAUUUCGUGCACGCGCAUUUGCACUUUCAUUGGUGUCCUUGCUUUAGAAUGGGGGUGGUGGCGUUGCCCUACGCUUUGCUUGCAGCGGUGGUGGUGUCCGGCAUCUCGCAAGCUCCACGGUCAUCCGUAUGGACCAUUGAGCAAAACGCAACCAUAAGCCACGAACAGUUUUACAAAACAGCCGCGGAGGGGCGCAUGCCGAAAGAGGAUGCCGAGAGAUUGCUGGGCGGAAUCCAGAAAGCCAGCGAGAAGGAGGGCGUGUUCUUAGUGACAGUGCUGGACGGCGGCAUGUUGAGCAUAGGCGAGAACAUGGUUCUUAGUUUGAAUGCCGUGCCGUGCGAUAUUCCUCUUCUUAUUGUCGGCCUAGGCGGCAACGUCUGCUCGAGGUUCUUGGAGUUCGGGGGAACUAUCUGCGUCGAGGUCCUCAGGGAGUCAGCCCUUUCUCAGGAGGAGGUAAACUGGGGGUCGCACGAAUAUUGGGAGGUAGUUGCCCGCAAGCAUCUAGUGCUGACCUUGGUUUCCGUGAGCAAGAUGGCGAGAUGGUUUGCGCACACUGAUCCAGACAUUGUCUAUCUGAAGUGCCCGAUGGACUACCUUAUCAACGUCUCCACUGGAAAGGCCGAGACCAUAUCCAGAACAUUCGACGAGUAUGACGUCGUCUUCUCACCGAAUAACAUGCUUUCUAGCGAGUCCAAGACUGUAGACGACGUAGCAGAGACAUACGCGACACGCGGCAUGAAGGAUGUCUUUGUCGGUCCUAAUCAGCGACGCGCCGACAUCAACACAGGCCUUUUUGUGAUGCGGAAUUCGUCCGUAGUGAACGACCUCAUGCUGACGACCAUGCAAAUCCUCAAGGAUCAAGAGUUUGUGCACGGUCAUUACCAGCAGUAUUCUUUGGUCAAGGCGCUGGAACAGCUGCCAGGAGUCCGCGUCGGCGUCGCGGGGAGCGACCGGCUCACGAAUGGCAACGUGUUCUGGGGCCACCGCGAGUUGCUCAAGGAGUCGGACGUGAUCUCCGUACACGCAAACUGGAUGAAUUCCACGAUGAAGGUCCCGUGCCUGAAGGACGCAGGCUUCUGGAUGGACAAGAGCGCCCCGAAGAGGCUCACGUUCCAGCCGCCGACGCCCGGGCGGCCAGAGGGCAGGCUGGACUCCAGGGGCGCCACGAUCGAGGUUUGCGGCGCCGACGCCGUGGCGGCCGCGCCUCCCCCCACGCCCAAGCGAGUCGAGGACGUGCCGGCGGUUCCGGCCGCGGUCGGGCUCGUGGCCCCAAGGCCGUCCGAGCCAGGGUGCUACGUCUGGCUACCCAGCGGAUGUCCGAACCACAAUUUCAACGCCAAGAACAUCUGGCGCCAGAGGAAGGAAGUCAACUCCCGCAGCCGGUGCAUCAUCGAAACGAAGGAGAUGUUGGACGCGUGGUGCGGGACCACAGACGCCCGGAUGUUGUUCAUCGCCCCCCCGCUGCGUACCCCGCCAGCGCCAGAGGCCCCCGGGUGCUACAUCUAUUUGCCGGGUGGUUGCGAUAAGCACGCGCUCAAGACGCCUACCUGGAGGGAGCUCUCAUCGAAGGAAUUUCCCAACAAGGACACGUGCGAAGAGAAAGCUGCCGUCAAGCUCGACAGUUGGUGCGACGUGGACGAUACCGUGGCCUUGUGGGUGGCCGCGCCGCCGCCUCACCCCUGAAAAUUAGACCAGUUGAAAGGAUCACCCAAUGAUAGCAAAAACUGACAACUGGAUCCACGACGUCUUGGGUGACCAGAUGUCGAUUGGGGACUCCAGUGUUCGUACGAGCAUCGUUGUCUGCAAGCAGACUCGCACGAGAAAGGUCGAGGCCUGUUGCGGUGUCACGAACAGCAAGAUGGUGUUCGCUCGGGGGUGCGAGAGGCAACAUCAGAUGUCUAUCAAUACGUUUGCCGUCCUUCGCAUUUUGAGUCGCUUCCCCCGCCUGGGUGCAAUGAUCCCGUCGCACCCCUCGCGCGCGGCAGAUAGUAAUUCACAGGCUGUUUGAGUCGAUGCAUUCCACAUUUGCUUUUGGCGGCUCUGUUUGAAGGUCGCAAGGUAAUGAGGGAUGUCCAAAAAACUCUUUAGCGUGUGCUGUUCUCUUCUUGUUUGUUGUUGCGUUGAGUUUCGCAUCGUGGGCAUUGUUGCGCCAGAGGCGGCUCCGAGGAGGAGAGCGAGGAUG